AUGGCGACCGUCCGGAUCUGCGUCUGCGGCGACGAAGGCACUGGCAAGUCCAGCCUCAUCACUUCGCUGGUGAAGGGUGUCUUCGUCACGAACAAGAUCCAGCCCAUCCUCCCCCAGAUCACCAUCCCCCCUACGAUCGGCACGCCCGAAAAUGUCACCACAACCACCGUCGUCGACACCUCAGCUGUGCCACAGGAGAGGAACAAUCUGGCGCGCGAGAUCCGGAAAUCCAACGUGAUUCUUCUCGUCUAUUCCGAUCACUACAGCUACGAGCGUGUCGCGUUGUUCUGGCUACCUUACUUCCGAUCACUGGGAGUCAAUGUACCGGUUGUGCUGUGCGCGAACAAAUCGGACCUGGCGGCGGAGCACAGCGAGGCACAGGUCAUUGAGGAGGAGAUGCUGCCUUUGAUGUCGGAGUUCAAGGAAAUUGACUCGUGCAUUCGAACGAGUGCUCGUGAACACAGAAAUGUCAACGAGGCAUUCUUCGUCUGCCAGAAAGCCGUUACCCACCCGAUCGCACCCCUGUUCGAUUCCAAGGAGGCUGCUCUGAAGCCCGCAGCUGUUUCUGCGCUACAGCGAAUCUUCUACCUCAGCGAUAAAGACCGGGAUGGAUAUCUCUCAGAUAAGGAGAUUGGGGAUUUCCAGACAAGGUGCUUUGGAAAGCCACUCAGUGACGAGGAUCUGGCUCAUAUCAAGGAAACUAUUCAGAAGGGGUACCCAGAGUCCGUGACCGAGUCUGGAAUCGACUGCCAGGGAUUCAUUCAUUUGAACAAGCUCUACGCGGAGAAGGGUCGCCACGAGACGGUAUGGAUUAUCUUGCGCGCAUUCCAAUACACCGAUAAUCUUUCGUUGCAAGAGAACUUCCUCCACCCCCGAUUUGAAGUCCCACCUUUCGCGUCUGCCGAGCUCUCCCCGGAAGGAUAUCGAUUCUUCGUGAACCUGUUCCUGUUGUCUGACAAGGAUAACGAUGGUGGAUUGAAUGAUGCAGAGCUGGCGUCUCUGUUUGCGCCUACCCCGGGUCUCCCUGCGUCAUGGGCGGAUGGUUCAUUCCCAUCUUCAACUGUCCGCAACGAAGCAGGCCACGUUACUCUCCAGGGCUGGCUGGCUCAAUGGAGUAUGACGACCUUCAUGUCUCCAAAAACAACACUCGAAUACCUGGCAUACCUGGGCUUCGAGUCAUCCGACCGCAGCAACCUAUCUACUACAGCCGCAUUGAAGGUAACAAGGCCUCGCAAGCGUCGGCGGCGCCCGGGGCGAGUCGGGCGAAAUGUCGUUCAAUGCCAUGUCCUUGGAGCGCCCGGCUCAGGCAAGUCGGCAUUGCUGGAUGCCCUCCUCUCUCGAGGAUUCAGCACGACAUACCAUCCCACCAUUCAGCCCCGUACGGCUGUCAACACAGUCGAGCUUCCUGGUGGCAAGCAAUGCUACCUCAUUAUGGAUGAACUAGGCGAACUGGAGCCGGCUAUUCUUGAAAACCAAGCAAAGCUACUAGACCAGUGCGAUGUCAUCGCCUACACCUACGACUCCUCCGACCCGGAUUCGUUUGCAUAUAUCCCGGCUCUGCGAGCCAAAUAUCCUCACUUGGAAGAGUUACCCAGCGUAUUCAUUGCGCUCAAGGCGGAUUUGGACCGCACGACUCAGCGGGCCGAGCACCAGCCCCACGAGUACACUGCCAUGCUGAACAUCCCCAGCCCGCCCCUCCACGUUAGUGUCACUUGGACUUCUAUUCAGGAGGUAUUUGUGCAUAUUGCAGAAGCCGCUAUGGAGCCUAGCACUGCGUUCCCUCGCAGUGAAGAAGACGUUGAGGGCAAAUGGAUGGCGUGGGGCAUCGCCUUUGGGGCGGUGGUCUGCGCGGGGGCCGCAGCAGUAAUGAUUUGGCGACGAGUCAGUGGUAGCGGGCCAUAA